CAGGCAGGGCGGAACUGCAAUUUGUAGCAUGUCGGAGAGAAGACCUUUACAUAACUUGAUAAUUCAGGUGUCAUUUGAGCUAAGUUAAAUAUCCAGUUCGUCGAACUACUUCGCAGAUUCCACAGCGGCUCGUUUAUAUGUGUUUUUUUGCCGCUGCCUGAACUUUUCUCGCAUUCUUCCCUAGUGUAUUUUUCACGGAGAGAGGCGCGGCGGCAGAGCGCUCGGCAGCCAUCUUUGGAGCUUGCCUGGGAGUGGGAGCUGACUGCUGUGGCACCCCAAUUUACUUCAAGGGUGGGCAUUUUAAUCUUUAGUAAUUUCACUGACGUACUCUGUUAAAUCGGCUGACAGCGUGAAGAACCACCAGGAUUUAGCUUACGAAGCUUCCGUGCUGGGAAUGAAACUGGAAAAGUACUUUCUAAUCCCAAACUGGUCUGAAGUGUACGCCACUUUCCCCAUCUCUCAGAACUGGCCUGUCAGAACAGGCGCUGACCACAUGAAAUCACUGUCCUGCAGAUGAGCCGUCGCAGGGGGCUUGCCCGUCGCUGUCGGAGACCCAGAUAGUUCCCAGCGGCGGCGGCGGCGGUGGCACCACCCCGACGUCUUCCGGGAUGCCCAACAACAGCCGGGCGGGGAACCUGAAGGACCCCGACGUUGCAGAACUCUUCUUCAGAGAGGACCCGGAAAAGCUCUUCACAGAUCUGCACGAAAUCGGACAUGGCAGCUUUGGAGCUGUGUAUUUUGCACGGGAUGUGCGGUCGAAUGAUGUGGUGGCCAUCAAGAAGAUGUCCUAUAUUGGAAAACAGUCUAAUGAGAAAUGGCAAGAUAUAAUCAAGGAGGUGAAAUUCCUGCGGCGAAUACAGCACCCAAACAGCAUAGAGUACAAAGGAUGUUACCUGCGAGAGCACACUGCUUGGCUGGUAAUGGAGUACUGUCUGGGCUCGGCUUCAGAUUUGUUAGAAGUUCACAAGAAACCCCUGCAAGAAGUGGAAAUUGCUGCAAUUACCCAUGGUGCUCUUCACGGAUUGGCUUACCUUCACUCCCACAACAUGAUCCACCGUGACAUCAAAGCAGGAAACAUCUUGUUGACAGAACCAGGUCAGGUGAAACUAGCAGACUUUGGCUCGGCCUCCAUUGCCUGUCCGGCCAAUUCUUUUGUCGGGACUCCAUAUUGGAUGGCCCCAGAGGUCAUAUUAGCCAUGGAUGAGGGUCAGUAUGAUGGAAAGGUGGACAUCUGGUCUUUGGGAAUAACCUGCAUUGAAUUAGCCGAGAGGAAGCCUCCUCUGUUCAACAUGAAUGCGAUGAGUGCCUUAUAUCAUAUAGCACAGAACGACAGCCCCGUUCUGCAGUCUACUGAAUGGACGGAUUAUUUUCGGAAAUUUGUCGAUUCGUGUCUUCAGAAACUUCCUCAGGAAAGGCCAAACUCUGAGGAGCUCCUAAAGCAUGUGUUUAUCCAGCGUGAACGGCCAGAAUCGGUCCUAAUAGAUCUAAUAAAUCGGACCAAGGAUGCUGUGAGGGAACUAGACAAUCUGCAGUACCGCAAGGUGAAGAAGAUCUUAUUUCAGGAAGCUCACAACGGCUCCACGAAUGAGGCGCAAGACGACGACGAGGAGCCGGACCCCAGCGUGAGUGGGACAGGCACGGUGAACAGCGUCGGGAGCAACCAGUCCAUACCCAGCAUGUCCAUCAGUGCCAGCUCCCAGAGCAGCUCUGUCAACAGCCUACCUGAUGCGGGCGAGGACAAGAGCGAGCCGGACAUGGACGGCGACGGCACGGUGAUGUCCAACAGCUCGGUCAUUAAUCUCAAACCCGAACAAGAGACGCGCAAAGAAGAGUCAGAGCCUCAUGGCAGAGGCACGACGGAGCCACAAGCUGCCCCCACUCAGACCCAGAGGACAAGACGAAACCGUGAAGACUUUGCGACUAUACGUACAGCGUCAGCGCUCACACGCCAGAUGAAGGAGCACGAGCAGGAAUCAGAGCUAAGAGAGCAGAUCCUGGGCUACAAGCGAAUGAGACGGCAGCACCAGAAGCAGCUGCUGGCUCUGGAGAACAAGCUGAAGACCGAGGUGGAUGAGCACCGGCUCCGUCUGGACAAGGAGCUGGAGAACCAGAGGAACAACUUCGCCCAAGAGCUGGAGAAGGUGGUCAAGAAACACCAGGCAUCCAUGGAGAAAGAUGCAAAAACAUUUAGCAACGAUGAAAAGAAGUUCCAACAUCACAUCCAGAGUCAGCAGAAGAAAGAGCUGAACAGUUUCCUGGAUUCCCAAAAACGAGAGUACAAGCGUCGCAAGGAGCAGCUGAAAGAGGAGCUGAACGAAAACCAGUCAACGCCCAAGAAAGAAAAGCAGGAGUGGCUGUCCAAGCAGAAGGAGAACUUCCAGAACCACCAAGCAGCGGAAGAGGCCAACCUCCAGCGCAGACAGAGGCAGUACCUGGACCUGGAGUGUCGCCGGUUCAAAAGAAGGAUCCUGAUGGCUCGCCACAAAAUUGAACAGCAGCAUCUGCGAGAGGAAUUAAACAAGCGUCAGACCCAGAAGGACUUGGAGCAUGCCAUGCUUCUGCGUCACCACGAGUCCAUGCAAGAGCUCCAGUUCCGCCAGCUAAACACCAUCCAGAAGACACGGGUCGAGCUGACCCGGCUACAGCACCAGACGGAGCUGACCAAUCAGCAGGAGUACAACAAGAGGAGAGAGCGGGAGCUUAGACGAAAACACGGCAUGGAGGUUCGUCAGCAGCCCAAGAGCCUCAAGUGCACAGAGCUCCAGAUCAAAAAGCAGUUUCAAGACACAUGUAAGAUCCAGACCCGGCAGUAUAAAGCAUUGAGGAACCACCUGUUGGAGACCACACCAAAGUCCGAGCACAAAGCUGUCCUCCAACGCCUAAAGCAGGAGCAGCAUCGCAAACUUGCCAUUUUAGCAGAGCAGUACGAGCAUUCCAUCAGUGAAAUGUUCUCAACACAGGCGUUACGCCUGGAUGUGACUCAGGAAUCUCAAUGCCAAGCAUUACAGAUCCAGCUGCAGCAGGAGCUGGAGCUUCUCAAUGCCUACCAGAGCAAAAUUAAGAUGCAGAUGGACGCACAGCAUGCCCGCGAGAAGAAUGACCUGGAACAAAGGGUGUCACUCCGAAGAGCACUACUGGAGCAAAAGAUUGAGGACGAAAUGCAAUCGUUGCAAAACGAGCGCACAGAGCGCAUCCAGAACCUGCUGGAGCGCCAGGCCCGGGAAGUCGAGGCCUUCGACUCGGAGAGCAUGCGCCUGGGCUUCAACAACAUGAUGCUGGCGGACCUCUCCCCCGAAGCGCUCAGCAACAGUUUCCCCGGUGCUCCAGGCGGCUACAGCCAGCACCAGCAGCUGCGGCCCUCCUUGAGCUCUCAAGGGCCACGCUGGGGCAGCCGCGGUUCCAGCCUGAGCUCCAAUCACAGAGGCAGCCACCACCACUACCAAGCCAGCUUAGGAGGGUCGCCUAUGCAGCAAGGGUGGGGGGGGCACGGCUCACCGGGUGGCGGAGGAGGAGGAGGAGGAGGUGCGGGUCAGAUGCAGUGGGGCCACCCACAAGGCGGGGCCCUACAGGCAAUGGGGGGGCGCGUCGAGCCCGGGAUGAGCAGGAGCUCCAGUGUUACCUCGCAAAUAUCCAACGGGUCGCAGUUCUCCUACUCGUAGAUUCGCCUUCCUGUUUGCUUGGAGUCACUUUAUAUAGAAACCUGUCUGCCUGUGACACUACCCCACUCCCAAAAUGUUUCCCCUUGUACAGAUGUGGAUGUGUGGUGGAGUAAAUGUUGCUCAGGUCAAAAAGGGGGCGGGGAACUUCCUCUCCCCCAGCCCAUCCUCAACGGCAGUUUUAUGAGCACAGAUUCUGAAAUGCAUGUUACACAAGAGUAUCAACAAGUAAGUUUGACUUGUUUUGCUUUUUCUUUUUUAUAUAUUUCUCCUCUGUGGAGGAUAUUUUUUCGUAAGUUUGUGCUAUUCACAGCCAUUGCUUUCGUUUUGCACAUAAAACACCACUCUAAAGCCUUUUGUAGGUUCAAACAAUCACAUUAAAUAGAUUUUUUUAAUUAUUAUUAUAAUUUUUUUUAUCUUCCCGUUUAUGUUUAGCAAUGCACUGGCCAAAUUGUUUUUCUCCUUUUUUUCCUUUUUUUUUUUUUCCCUGUGGUACGGUGGAGAACCCAAUCAAACGACUGGGGAUGCUUUGCUGUUGUCUACCAGCCUGCUGUAGUGGCCCUUCGUGUUUUCUUUUGUUUUGUUUUGUUUUUAAUUAAGAAAUUUCGCUCCGCCUUGAUUCUCGAGGAUCAACCAAAAGAAAAAAAUCUCAAAUACAGAACCAAACAAAUCUUAAUCGCUUUAGACAGUUGCUUCUACUAACUCUGUGCCUUUUUAGCUUUUAUUAGCUCGGUUUGUUUCAGUUACCGGUAACUCUGGUUAAAUAUUUUUAAAUUUCUUCAUUUAUCUCUGAUCUCUAACAUAGAUUGUAUUUUUAUCUUUUUUUUUUUUUUUUUUCCCCACGCCUCCAAAAUAGUUUUGCAUAAAUUUAUACGACUAAAUACAGUAGAAACAUUCAAAGCUACUUUUUAGCCUUUUUUUUUUAGUUUUGUUGUUGUUUAUGCCUGAGUGCAGAGAAUGUCACUGUAACCCUUAAACUUAGCCUUCAAAAACAAUCUUUAGUGCUAAUCUUUAUUUUUAUAUAUAUAUAUCUAUAUAUAGAUAUAUAUAUAUAAACAUAUAUAUAUUAGUGCCUUUUUAAUACUGCUGCCUUUUUCGAAGCACUUUAUACAGCUCGAUGAGUGUAAGAUUAAUAUUUGACUUCUUUUCUCAAAGCUCCUGGUGAAUGAAUGUUUCAUUGGUACGCAUGUAGAAAAGUCAAACUUACUGUGCUGUGAUAUUUUCUUUUUCCUCCUUCUGCAUGUUGGACAGUAUAAGUGAAAGAAUUUUCCAAAAUUUGACAGCCUUUUCUUUUGUUUUUGAGUCUGCAGAUGUGUGUUACUGCUUCUGUUUGAUGUUGACUGAACAGAAUGUGAGGAUGCAGCCUGUUUUUUUCUUCUUCUUUUUAAGACGUGUACAGAUGACAGUUUCCAUGAAACCAACUGAACAAAAACUCGAACCUUUUAUGUGCAGACAGUGAGUUACGACCAAGACGACCGGCUCUGUGCUACUGAACGUAAACUCUUAUUGAAAAUAACAUGUUGAGGCCUAAAUACACUUUUUAAAAAAAAAAACAAAAAAAAACACUAAAGGUCAGUAGAGAUAGGCAUGGUGUAGGUUUUUUUUUUGGGGGGCGGGGGGGGGAUUUAGAUGCAGAAUCUGUCAAAAGCAUCGAUACCUUUUGAACUUUUUGUCACAUUACAACCACUAAGUUGUUUUCUUGGGUUUUACAUGAUAUUACAACUGAUGACACGUUAAAAACUCAGAACUGUGAGGUAAAAUAAAAUAUUCUGUCCAGUUUGUUAGAUCUUAAAACAGCUGAAGUUCAGUCUGAUUGACCUUGAACGGUAUCUUAACAUCAAGUAUUUCUGCAGAUUUAGUCGGACUUAGCUCGGGACUUUGACUAGUCCAUUCUGACUAUUGCAGCUUUGACUAUCUGUUUUGGAUUAUUGUUUUUAGGCUUCUUUUUUUUUUACCCAUUUCAACACUACAUUCCCCUCCCAAACCCCAAGUCGAUUAUUAUAUAUAUUUUUUCGUUUCAUUUAUUUCUGCAUCACAUCAUCCCCACAGCAUGACGCUGCCUCAACCGUAUUCCGCUGUGGGCACUGUGUAUUCUAGGUGAUUAUCAGUCGUAGUUUUCCAAACACAACUUGGAAAACUUCGCGUUUUGUGAUGAGGUCUGAAAAAUUUGAGUUGCGUUCUCAACCGAACAAAUAAAUAAAAAUCUAAUGAGGUACUUUUAAAGUUUGUGGUUGUAGCAUGACAAAACAUGAGAAGGUUCAAGGGGUGUGAAGACGUUUUCACUUUUCUUUUUUUCUGCUAACAAAGUACCUACUUUUAACUGAUUAAAAAAAUAAAUAAAUAAAUUUAAAGGGUAAUUUUACCGAUAAAUAAUUCAGGUGUGUCCUGUGACUCACGGUUGAAAAUAUCCAUAUUUUCAGAGUUCUUUUGAAAGAGUUUGUUUACGUUUCUGAACUUCAUGUAGCAGUAUCAACCGCCUUUUGUGGUUUCAUUUUGGCCCCCGUCCCCCCCAAGUCUCAUCUAGUUAUUUUGAAACCUCCGGACUCAAUUCCUCAUUCUUGAAUUCAGUCAUCUCCUUUGAAUGCCACUUUUGUAGUCGGUUAAGCAACACUUGUGCAGAUGAUUUUCCGAACCCUACACCUUCGAGCGUUUUGUCCUCAUUCCAGCCUGAUUCAGGGCUGUUAUUAAACUUUUCUUUUUGAUUUUCUGACGACACAAAAAGUGCUGGGAUUUUAAAUAUUUUUUUUCCUUUCAGGUUGUUCUUUAAUUUCUGUAUAUAUUUCACCACAGAAAAUUACGCAUAUCAUGUAACGUAAUAUAUGGCCUCAAAAACUGUUUUAUGCCUACUGCUACUGUAUCCAAGUAAGUUGUAUUCAAUUCCCUUGAUUUUUAUUUUUUUUUUCCCCCCUUUGGCUAGAAAUAAAAUCAUAAUGUACUAAUAAUUGGGAGUUUUUCUGCAACUCCAAAGCCAAGACCAAGUGUUUGAAUGUUAUGCCAGCAAAGCCUUGCAUACAUGCCAAGUUUUACUUUCACAUUGGACAAUUUGACUUCACUCUAAAAUGGGGCUCAAUCUAGAUGUUACAGUCAAAUCCAUACUUUCUUUUUUUCUUUUUUCUUUCCGCUUUUAUUUUAAUCGUUUCAUGGAACAGUUCCUAACAUCCUACUGACUGAAAGCGAGUGGAAUGCUUUAUUGUGAAUCGGCAACUGAAAAAGGAUUCUUUUCCCUACGGUCAAACACUGUGCCAUACCGGAAGUCGCCAAACACCGAACAUCCGCGUGUCUGUCCUCAUCUCGAAGUCUUCAUUAAGUGACUGUUGGUUAGAAUCAAAUCAUAACGAUCAAGUUGUUUUGUUUUGUUGUUGUUUUUUUUUUUUUGGUUUUUUUUUGUGGGUUUGGGGGUUAAAGUUUAAUAAAAAAAGAAAAAAAAAACAAAAGGCGGAGUUA